AUGGAAUCAGGGAUGCUCGAAAGUGGUUUAUUUGAAGAGAAAGAAAGUGUCAGAGGCUCCGAAUCAAGCUCGAUUGCAAUUCAGUUGAUUGAUGGAGUGAAAAAUUUGACACGAAAUGUUUCAAACAAAAAGGUGUAUAUCAAAGAAGGUUCUUUAUCCAUGGGCGGUUGGUCAGCUAGUGACAAAUUUCCAGUUAUAUUGAAAAAUAUGAUCUGCGGACAAAGUGGCUCCGAUUUGAUUAAGCGAUCAGCAGCAUUUACAAUAGAUGAUAUUAAAAAACAGUUGAUGAAUAAAACCAUGACAUCGUUGGCAUAUAUUUUAAUGAUUCAAACCUGCAUCCGAAACGUUGAAUUCGUUUCUAUUGGACAACCGAUGAAACAAAAAAUCACAGCCAGUAGUUCGCUAGAAAAUGAUGAAGUACACGUUGCUGUCGAAAAGUAUGAAAAUCAAGCGUACAGUGAUCUAGGCAAAUCGCGAUUGAAUAUGGAAGAAGAUCAUACUAUUAACGAUUAUAUCGAUUCUGAACAAGCUUCGUUUGAAGAAACGCUUGGCAUUGUGUCGAAUACAGAUGAUCCGAAGACUGAAUGUAUGACAUUCAGAAGUUUGUUUUUGAGUCUAUUAUUUACUUGUCUGAUGUCGGCGCUAAAUCAAUAUGCUGAUUUUAAAACAAAUUCUUAUGAUUUCCCAAGCAUUUUAGUUCUACUUUUGGCAUACCCUAUGGGUAAACUCAUGGAAUUUUGUUUACCAGGAAGGUCGAUAGAAGUAGGCCGUUGGUCAAUUUCACUUAAUCCUGGGCGAUUUUCCAUCAAAGAACAUGCACUUAUUUUUGUAACAGCAUGGGUAUCUGAGUGGACUACCAGUUCAUUAGACGUAAUAGUUAUUCGACAAACCUCUGACGGAAAACAAACAAAUUUUUCUACAGGAAUAUUUUUCGUUAUUUCAGCAAACGUUAUCGGUUACGGAAUGGCAGAUCCAAGAAGAGUAUUUGGAACAAAUUCUAUAUAUGCUAAUAUGCUUUGGCUUAUUUUAAUUGGUGCAAUAUUACCAAUUGUAUUUUGGAUAUUAAGUAAUAAAAUAUUUAUAAAUCAGAAAUGGUUAAAAUAUGUUCAUAUUCCAAUUAUGUUUUAUCCAAUGAGUUUUCUUGUUGAUAAACCAGCCGGAUCAUUUACAUCAUGGUUAUUGAUUGGAUUUCUGUUUCAUACAUGCAUUCGUCGAUGGUGGUGGGAUCGAUAUGCUCUACUAUUUUCGGCUGCAAUGGAUGCGGGAGUUCAAAUAAGUUUAUUUUUUAUUUAUUUUAUUUUUCAAUAUAGAAAUGUUUAUUUUCCGAAAUGGUGGGGUACUCAGAAUGCAUGUCCACUUUCAUCUGCAAAUUAUUAUAAAAAAUUUCCAUGA